AUGGCUACCCCUAGUGUCCUCGCUUUUGACGCUGAGGGCCGGGCCAUUGACUUUGACGUCUGGGUAGAUGACCUGCAGCUUUUCCUACAGUGCGAUAGGGCAGACGGUCUCUCCCUCUUUGACCUCACCUCUGGUGCCUCUCCUGCCCCUGCUGCUGAUGCUGACGCCACUGUUCGCUCACAGUGGGCCACACGCGAUGCUGCUGCACGUCUUGCUGUGCGUCGCCACCUGCCUACCUCUGAGCGUACGCACUUUAGCCAGUACAAGAGUGCUCAGACCCUGGGUGUUCCCCCUCCCCCCUUUUGCCCUCUGUUGCCUCUGCUGCUGCGGCCGACCUCGUUGGGCUUGAGUCGGUCGGUGCGGCGUCUACCCCUAGCGGGAGACGCCGCCCUGGCAAGGGCAAGGGGGGCAGGGGCGCUGGUGGAGCUAGCGGGGGCGGUGGAGGCGGCGGUGGAGGCGGCGGAGGGAGUGGGGGUGGCGGUGGGGGUGGUGGCGGGGGUGGAGGUGUCGGUGGCGGCAGUGGAGGCGGAGGCGGCGGCGGUGGCGGUGGGAGCGGAGGUGGCGGAGGUGGCGGCGGAGGAGGAGACGGUGGCGGAGGAGGUGGAGCUGGUCGGGGUGGCGCUGCGCAGAGGGUCGGCUCCGGUGGUGGUCAGUGCCAGCACCAGCAGCAGCAGCAGCGCACUCGUCACAUCCCCCCCCCUCAGCAGCUCCGUGAGUGGUAAGCUGCACGCCAGCGGGGCCGAAGUAGCUGUCUUUCACCUUGACUUUGAUGCUAUUCUUGCUGCCAUGUAUGCUGUGACUAUUAGUGAGGAGGGUGACUGUUACCGGUGUUUUCCGCCCGACCCGGGCAUUGAGACUGCUGCUCUAGGUACUGGUGAGGCUGCUGCUCUAGGUGCUAGCGAGGCUGCUGCUCUAGGUGCUAGUGAGUCUGCUUCCUCAGGUGCUGGUGAGUCCGCGCUCUCAGGUACCGAGUCGGCUUCGGCCUCCCUCACCUUCACCCUUGACUCGGGGGCUUCUCGCUCCUUCUUUCGAGACCGCACCACACUCACGCCACUUGGUCGGCCGGUUGCAGUCUCUCUGGCAGACCCCUCUGGGGGUCCUGUCCUUGCUCACUUCUCCACUGUCCUCCCGUGUCCGACGGCUCCCUUUGGCACCCUGUCUGGUCUUUACCUCCCCUCGUUCUCUACGAACUUGGUGAGUGGUGCUGACUUACAGGAUGGGGGAGUUCACCAGUUCACUCCUACGAGUGGUACACACUAA